UGGUGAACGUUGGUUGGGAUGAGAACUUACAUUUGAAAAACGGAUAACUAAUUACAGGACAUUGUUUUGUGUUCAGAUGAGUAUAUUCCUGCUGGACUGUUACUUUUUUUUCUAACUUUAUUUUGCAUCGUGCAGUCAAUUUCAACAGGCAGCAGACACUGUUGAAAUGAGUCUCCUUGAAAUCAGUGAAAAUGUGAAACUUGCCCGAGAAUAUGCCUUACUUGGGAAUUACAACUCUGCCAUUGUCUAUUACCAAGGAGUGCUUGAGCAGAUGAGGAAAUACCUGUUUUCUGUUAAAGACCCUUUAUUACAACAAAAAUGGCAACAGGUCUGGCAAGAGAUCAGUAAAGAACAUAAACAUGUUAAGGAAAUUAUGGCAACCCUGGAUGGCUUUAAUGUAGAAAGCACUCCUUCUAAACCAGCGAGUCCAGAUGAAGACAUUUGGCCAGUGCAAGUUGAACGCAGGCCAUCACCCUGUCCUGUAAGGCGACUUCCAGUUCCAUACAAUGAUGCCAAACCUCACCACAACAACAGAUUAAGUGCUGCUCAGAAAGGCCAACAUCGGCAAUCCCCACGGAGUGCAAACAGUGACCGAGUGAGACCUGUCAGGGGGAAAGAGAGAAAGGAGGCACAGGGCAAAGCAAAAGAGGAUAAGAGCAAAUCUGCUGCUCCUGCUAAUGUUUCAGAAUCUGAAAUGAAGAAAUUUGAUGGGGCAGGAUAUGAUAAAGACUUGGUAGAGGCUCUGGAAAGAGAUAUAAUAUCGCAAAAUCCAAAUGUUAAAUGGGAUGAUAUAGCAGACUUGGGAGAGGCAAAAAAACUGCUAAAAGAAGCUGUGGUUUUGCCCAUGUGGAUGCCAGAAUUCUUCAAAGGAAUUAGACGACCGUGGAAGGGAGUGUUGAUGGUUGGCCCUCCUGGAACAGGAAAAACACUGCUGGCCAAAGCUGUAGCCACUGAAUGUAAAACAACCUUUUUCAACGUUUCUUCUUCAACACUAACUUCCAAGUACAGAGGGGAAUCUGAGAAAUUAGUGCGUCUCUUAUUUGAAAUGGCGAGGUUUUACGCUCCUAGUACUAUAUUUGUUGAUGAGAUUGAUUCGAUCUGCAGCCGCAGAGGGACGUCAGAAGAGCAUGAAGCCAGCAGGAGGGUGAAAACCGAGCUAUUAGUUCAGAUGGAUGGUGUUGGGGCAUCAGACAAUGAAGAUCCUUCAAAAAUGGUUAUGGUUCUGGCAGCCACCAAUUUUCCAUGGGACAUAGAUGAGGCUCUUAAAAGACGAUUAGAAAAAAGGAUUUACAUCCCCUUGCCUUCAGCUGAAGGCAGGGAAGAACUCCUAAAAAUAAACCUGAAAGAGCUAGAAUUGGCAAGUGAUGUUGAUCUAGCUAAAAUAGCAGAGCAGAUGGACGGAUACUCUGGUGCUGACAUUACAAAUGUGUGCCGGGAUGCCUCGCUGAUGGCAAUGCGACGUCGUAUUGAAGGUUUGACACCAGAAGAGAUCCGAAACAUUUCCAAAGAUGAAAUGCAUAUGCCAACCACCAUGAACGAUUUUGAAAGCUCUUUAAAAAAAGUCUCUAAAUCAGUGUCUGCUCCAGACAUUGAAAAAUAUGAGGAGUGGAUUGCAGAAUUUGGGUCUUGUUAAGACUGUUCCUCACAAAAAAAAGUUAACAAAAAUCCUGCCUUAAGUCUUUUUAAUAAGCUCAGAUCAAGAGUUGCAGUUAAUAUUUUGAGAAAAAUAUGUAGAUACAUUCAUGUUUAAUGGAUGUAGAAGUGUUGCUUGAGAAAUGGUGGAUGCACACUCCUAUAAAUAAAGUAAAAUUGGGCAUCUUGAGGAUCAUUGAGGCCUACUCUCAUGUUGCAGAGUGCUAUUCUGUGGCUUAAUUUUCUUGUAUUCAAUUGCAAGGACCAGUAGGUGAAGAGAUUAGAUUACUAAAAUUAAGAUUUGUUGUUUUUUUUUUUUUUUUUUUU